AAACGUAUUUAAGUGGCCAUUGCAAAGGAAAUGGAUGCAGAAGCAAGUAAAACGAAUGGAAUUCAGGGCCAAAACUCUGUACCUAACAGUGAAGGUUAUUUUGCAGAGGCUGAGUCACUUGAAGAAACUGAAAAUGCCCCAUCUUUACAGAUUUUGGACAGUAGAACAGAAGAAAUUACUGAGAAAAGCGGACAGUUUGAGUAUGAUGGGUUGAACUUCCAAAAUAUGAGCAUUGCUGAUUUAGCGGAGAGAGAGUUUGCAAAAUUUGAGGAAGCAGAAAGAUUUUACUGCAACUAUGCUCUUGCAAUUGGUUUUAGCAUAAGAAGAAGUCGAUUGAGACGUAGCGAGGGUGGGGUUGUGAUGGGAAGACAAUGGGUGUGCUCAAAAGAAGGGAGUAGAUCAAAGAAAUGGACGAAUAGAGAUAAUAUGGUUCGUACACCAAGGAAAGAGACUAGAGAGAAUUGUCAUGCUACAUUUGCUGUGAAGUAUUGUCCUAAACGGGAUGCUUAUAUUGUGACUAAAUUUGUAACGGAGCACAGCCACCGACUUGCUAACUCUCGUGAGGUGCCUUUUCUUCGUUCGCACCGGUGUGUUACGGAAUCUAACAUAGCACAAUCUAUGUCUAUGAGAAAAGCCUCUAUUAAAACCAAUCGGACAUACGACUAUAUGGUUGACCAAGCAGGUGGAUACAUGAAAGUGGGGUUCACCAGUAAGGAUCUAUAUAACAGGAUGGAUUUCGAGCAUCGACAAGUGGUAUUGGAUGGUGAUGCAGAAGCAGCAAUAAGCUACAUGAAUGCCAAGGCAAUAGCGGAUCUGGAAUUUUUUUGCAUGUUUAGUGUAGAUGAGGAGAAUAGAUUGGCAAAUUUCUUUUGGAGAGACUCUCAAUCUCUACACGAUUAUUGUUGCUUUGGGGAUGUGGUGAUAUUUGAUAGCACGUACAAAACCAACGUAUAUGACAAGCCUUUAGUGGUGUUUGUUGGUGUAAACAACCAUAACGCGACUACAGUUUUUGGUUGUGCAUUUCUUGUUGAUGAGACUGCUGAUACAUAUCGUUGGGUACUCAGAACUUUUUUGACUUCUAUGAAGGACAAUAAGCUUGUAUCUAUUGUCACGGACGGGGAUGAGGCAAUGCGUGUAGCGAUUGAUGAAGUUUUUCCCGAUGGACAUCAUCGUUUAUGUACAUGGCACAUCAUGAGGAAUGUGAACACCAAUGUGAAUAACCCAAAAAUUGUAAGGGAGUUUAGCUAUUGUGUGCAUGGUGGUUUGACACCAGUGGUGUUCGAACAACAUUGGCAGCAAAUGAUAGAUACAUAUGAUCUAAAAGGCGAUUGGAUCGAGAUGAUGUAUCGUAAACGGAAACGAUGGGCUGAAGCGUACUACUCGAGGCAUUUUUUUGGUGGGAAUACCACCACACAACGUGUCGAGGGUAUGCAUAAGAACUUGAAGGAUGGAAUUGGUAGAGGCAUGAAGUUAGUGGAGUGUAUUCCAUGGAUUGAAAGAUCAUUAUUGAGGUUGAGAAAUGAGAAUGUGAAGGAUGACUUUGAUUCCAACAAUUCACACCCACUCCUUCGUACGCACCUCCGAUCACUAUAG